AUGGGGGAUUACGGAUUCGGGUUACUGCAAACCGCCCCUCUCCGAAGCAGCAGCCCCGGUCCCCUGUUUAGCGGCGGAGCUUACCGACCCUACCCGCCAGUCCCAGCCCCUGCCGCCCAUCAGCUCUCCUCCUCCUCGCUCUUCGCCCCCCUCUCGCAUCCACCGUUGCCUGUCACCGGUUUCUCCCCGGCCUCGACCCCCUCCCCGUUCUCCAUCCCCGCCGGCAGCGGCGGCGGCAGCAGCAACAGCAGCUCCGCCGCCGCCUCUUCCUCCUCCCCCCUGUUCCUGGCUGCGGCUGCCGCAGCGCACAACCAUACCAUGCAGGAUGAGCUGCUGCUGGGGCUGACACAGCAACAGCAGCAGCAACUCUCAGGGUCAGGGCUCCCCGAAAAACUCCCCAACCACCAUCCCAUCGGCAGCACGAAAGCGGGUGCGACCCACCUCCUCCCCUCCCAGGACUUCAAACCGAGUCUGCACCACCCCUCCUCCUCCUCCUCCUCCUCCUCGUCCUCCUCCUCCACCACCUCCUCCCCCCAGGACUUCAGCAAGCAGCAGCAGCAGCUGAGCAGCCAGAAGAGGAAAGAGUUCAACCCCCCCCACCCUCCCCACCCUCAGGACUUGAAGCAGCAGCCGCCGCCGCUCAACACCCCCGACCAGUACAUCUCACAGCAGCAGCAACAGCAGCAGCUCCACCAGCUCCAACAGGAGCAGCUCCAGAAACAGCAACAGCAGCAGUUCAGCCACCCGCACCCGCACCUCCACCACCGCCACCACCACCACCACCCACCGGACCUCUACCACACCAAGCAGCCACCGGGAGACUACCAUCCCCUCCCCCAGCACUACCAGCCCCCGCUUCAGCCCUCGCCGCCCCAAGCCCAGCACCACCACCACGGGGGGGUGGACGGUCUUCGGAAGAUCCCGGCGGCGACAGCAGCGACCGCGGCGGCAGCAGGCGAGGGGACCGCCGCCGAGUCCCCCAAUGUGGGCUUGGCCCCCUCGACGGCGUCUGUGAAUCUCCUGCCGGGCUCAAAGCUGCCCCCGUCGAUGGAGUCCCCCAACCACCCCUUGCUCAACAGCCCCAGUAACCUCCUGCCGGGCGGGGGGCUCGGGGCCGGCGGCGGCUUCAGCAGCCUGCAGAGCCCGGACCUGCCUCACCCGGGCGGCGGCGGAGGGGGCGGGGGCCCCCCGGCGGCGGGAGGGGGGGGCUCCGCUUCGCCGCCGCCGCUGCCGGGCUUCGGCACCCCCUGGUCGGUGCAAACCUCGUCGCCGCCGCCGCCCCAGCAGCAGCAGCAGCAGCCGCAGCAGCCGCCGCCCCAGCCCCCGCAACCGCAGCCGCCGCCGCCGCCCCAGCCCCCGCAGCAGCAGCAGCCGCAGCCGCCCCAGCCUCCGCAGCAGCAGCAGCCGCCGCCGGGCUCCUCGGCCGCCACCCCGGGCGGCGGCGGCAGCGGCUGCGGCGGCCCAAUCAGCGCCAUGCCGCCGCCCAAUCCGGAGACGGACAGCAGUUUCUACCCGGGGAUUCCGUCGUCGAUCAACCCGGCUUUCUUCCAGAGCUUCUCUCCCGUGUCUCCGCACAACCCCUGCGCCGGCAUGAGCGUGCCGGGCGGCGGCGGCGGCGGCGGCGGCGGAGGCUUCGGCAGCCCCUUCUCGGCGGCCGCCGUGCCCCCGCCCCCGCCGGCCAUGAAUUUACCUCAGCAGCCGCCGCCGGCCCCGCAGCCGCAGCCCGCGCCCCCGGCCCCGCAGCCGCCGCCGCCUUCGAGCCGGCGCUCGCCUGUCAGCCCGCAGCUCCAGCAGCACCAGGCUGCCGCCGCCGCCUUCCUGCAGCAGAGGAACUCGUACAACCACCACCAGCCUCUUCUGAAGCAAUCUCCUUGGAGCAACCAUCAGAGCAGUGGCUGGAGCACAGGAAGUAUGUCGUGGGGAGCAAUGCAUGGCAGAGAUCAUCGUAGAACUGGAAAUAUGGGAAUUCCAGGAACUAUGAAUCAGAUCUCUCCUUUGAAGAAACCAUUUUCUGGUAAUGUCAUAGCUCCACCAAAAUUUACUCGAUCUACUCCAUCCCUGACGCCUAAAUCAUGGAUUGAAGAUAAUGUGUUCAGAACAGACAACAACAGUAAUACUCUCUUACCCUUACAGGUAAGAAUGGUGAGAUCUAGUUUGCAGUUGCCAGCUUGGGGCUCAGAUUCACUCCAAGAUAGUUGGUGCACUGCAGCCGGAACAUCCAGAAUAGACCAGGAUCGAAGUCGAAUGUAUGACAGUUUGAACAUGCACUCAUUGGAAAAUUCCCUUAUUGAUAUUAUGAGAGCAGAGCAUGAUCCUCUUAAAGGUCGCUUGACCUAUCCUCAUCCAGGGACUGACAAUCUUUUGAUGUUAAAUGCGAGGAGUUAUGGGCGAAGACGAGGCCGCUCUUCCCUUUUCCCAAUAGAUGAUGGCUUGCUGGAUGAUGGCCACAGUGAUCAAGUUGGUGUCUUAAAUUCACCCACGUGCUACUCAGCUCAUCAGAAUGGAGAGAGAAUAGAGCGUUUUUCUCGGAAAGUUUUUGUUGGUGGUCUUCCUCCUGAUAUUGAUGAAGAUGAAAUUACUGCUAGUUUCAGACGAUUUGGGCCUCUGGUAGUAGAUUGGCCUCACAAAGCAGAAAGCAAGUCCUAUUUCCCACCAAAAGGCUACGCAUUCCUCCUCUUCCAAGAGGAGAGCUCUGUUCAAGCACUGAUUGAUGCUUGUAUUGAAGAAGAUGGAAAGCUGUAUCUAUGUGUUUCCAGCCCUACUAUCAAAGACAAACCAGUUCAGAUCCGUCCCUGGAAUCUAAGUGAUAGCGACUUUGUAAUGGAUGGGUCACAACCCCUUGAUCCUCGAAAAACAAUUUUUGUUGGAGGUGUCCCCAGGCCAUUGAGAGCAGUGGAACUGGCGAUGAUAAUGGACCGUCUCUAUGGUGGAGUUUGUUAUGCAGGAAUUGAUACAGAUCCAGAGCUCAAGUACCCAAAAGGUGCCGGGCGUGUUGCUUUUUCCAAUCAGCAGAGCUAUAUUGCUGCCAUUAGUGCUCGGUUUGUUCAACUUCAACAUGGCGAUAUUGACAAACGAGUGGAGGUAAAGCCAUAUGUGUUGGAUGACCAGAUGUGUGAUGAAUGCCAGGGAGCACGCUGUGGUGGAAAGUUUGCCCCUUUCUUUUGUGCCAAUGUCACUUGCCUGCAGUAUUAUUGUGAGUUUUGCUGGGCGAACAUCCACUCUCGUGCAGGACGUGAAUUCCAUAAGCCAUUGGUCAAGGAAGGCGCUGACCGCCCACGUCAGAUCCACUUCCGCUGGAACUAAGUAUAGUGAACCAGCCUCUGUUUAAGGAAAGAUGGGUGCAUGUGGCUUACUGUGUUUGAAGAUACUGACGUGCAGAAGAAAUAAGUGCAUUCUUCUGCUUUUCACCCCAGCUAUCAAUACAUGCAUCUUUAUCAGCAGCCAAAACACUACAAGCCUCUUGUUUUUCACCAAAACCCUACAUCUCAGGCUUACUAAUUUUUGUGAUAUUUUCAUGUUAAAAUAAAAUGUUUUUUUGUAUUUUCUCCAAGUUAUUUUUAUAUGUAAAGUUAAAACUAGAUAUGAGAAUGUUUUUUGCAUAGGGGCACACAGUCUGCUGCUAUAUUUAGUGGGUGAAGCGUGCACUUAUUUCUAAACAUGGGUUUUUAACUUCAAGAUCUGCCCCAGUAAUUUACCAAAGGUAGCAAAAUAAUAGUGAAGAUGGAAUAUGUCUGCUACAAAAAGCUUAUUUUUAUUGUUGCUAUUUUCAGUGUAUACAUAAACUAAAAAAAUUAGGGUUGAUUUUUGCUCUCCAUUUUGACUUGCAAGAAAUAAUACCUCAAGAUAAUCUGAUUUAUUAGCUAUUUUUAAACAUUUUUAAUCACAAGCUGUAUUAGCUUUGCUGCUAUAUAGGUGUUAUGUGUAAUGCCACCUAUUAAUACGGGAUUGAAAACGUUUAAGACAUACUGCAUUGCAGAUGAAAUGCAGGCAGCACAAUAUGGCCUAAACUGCCAUAGUUUUAGAAUGUGAAGAAAAAUUGCAUGUUUACUUACCUGUAUACACCAUAUGCAUGCACUAGAAUUAUUUACUAACCAGAGGUGAGUUAUUGCAAAUGUUCAGGAAUUAAAAAGCUCUCUUGAAUCUAGGUAGCAUGAGCAAAUUAUAAAAUUUGUUCCAAAAAAAGUAAACAACAAACUUGCAUGCAUUAUUGUGACUCAAGUUUUUAAAAAUGUCCUAAAUGUGUACAAUAUGCAAAUUAGUUUUAGAUUAGAAAGUGCAGCCAUUUUGUGACCUGGUCGGUAGUGGAAUUCGAUUUAUGCAGACUGGAUGUAAUAUUUGUAAUCCCUGUGCAAUUCUGUGAUGUGCGGUUCUAAUUCGUGUGGAGUGAUUUAGUAUAGGUAAAAGGUUGAGUUUUGAUUUUAUUUUUAAGCUAGAACUUAAACAAAAGUAAUUAAAGUUGAUUUUUAGCCCCUUUGAAUAGUUCAUGGUUAAGAUUUCCUCUACAAACCAAAGAUGGCCAGCACACUGCUAACAUUCACCAAAUGUGAAACCCAUAAGUAAUCCAUGUUAAAAAAAAAUGUACUUAAAGAAUGCAUAACACUUUAAUAAACCUAAGUAAAGUCAAAAUGGAGAUGGUGUAAUAUACAGACGGCUAGUUGCAUAAAACUAAAUUUUACUUAAGACAACAGUGAAAUCUGGCCUAAACUCGCUUACAUGUUUGACCUGUGUGCAUUGUGGUCUUGUCUAAACUGGGGUCACUGUUGCAUGGAAAGUUAUUUAAUGGUUAAAGGAUUGCUUUUCUUUUAAGUUGAUGAAGGAAUUCUAGUAAUGACCUUGCUUACAAUUUUUUUUAAAAGUAAUUUGGAAACAGGCAAUAUUUAAUAAGUUUCCCUUGGUACUGAGCACUACUAGAAUAGCAUUAGCAGUGUUUUUUCUCUUCAGAGCAUUUUAAAAAUGCAACUAGCCCCUGCGUUUUAAUGUAAUAGGUAUUCUGCAGUCAA